AUGGACAAUAAUUGUAAAUUAAGAAUAGCUAUGAAUGAUGAAGCAGCUGUCAAAAAGGUUAUAAACCUCACUAAGCUAGAUAAAAGUGAAACAGCCCAUGGAAUUGAAGUCGAAAGCAACAUAAGAAAGACCGAAUACAAAAUAUACCUGAAGGAUACUGAGCCUAAUAACAAUACGGAUAAUGAUGAUAAAGAAACCUCUGAAUUGGACAAAGAACACAAUUACGAAAAGACAGCCCCGAGCCCAAAUAAUAGUUGUCUCGAUGAACCUGAAAAUGCUGAUAAUGAUAACAAUGAGACUUGGAUUGUGAAAAUACUGAAAAGAAAUUCUAUUAAGCUACGAAAAUCUGCUGAAGUGGAUAGUACUAAUAGGAUUGAAGCUAAAAAAGACAAUCAUAGAACAUUCGGCAAUUAUCAAAAGUCACAAGAGAUGAGCGACUUUGAAAAAGCGUUUGGUUAUAAAAAUAAAAAUGAACCAGUGAACAUAAUUAGACAUGUAACCUAUUUCGAACCUGAUAUUGGAAAAAGUAACAAAGCCAAUGAGGAUGACAAAGAUUAUAAUAUCAAACCUGAUAUUACGAAUAAAAAUGAUCUUAAAGCACCUGGUAGAAGUGAAUUGCGAAGUCUACCUGAAAAAUACAGUAUAAUCGAGAUUCCGAAGUAA